AUGGAGCAGCUAGUCGUUCUCGACGGAGGAAAGAUGGAUCUGGCCGUGCUAUUAGCCUUGGUCGAAGACCCUCCAGCUCGACUGUUUUCCAUCCAAAGCCUUCAACACAAGAAAGCUGGAGGAGGUCGCACUGCUGUGAUUGGAGGCGUUUUUGAUGGCGGUGCCUUUGAAGGUGUGCUCUGUGAGAACAGGGGCUGUCCAAGGAAUUCCCUUUGUGGCUGGACUGUCGAAGCGGCGAUCUUUGCCUUGACGUGGUGUGGAUUGUUGAGGAUCGGCAAUAUUCGAGAAGUCCUGAGCGCCCUUGAGUCUGACCUGGUUCUACUGGAGGAGUCAGCCAGGAUUCGCCUGAUCAUUCGUACCCUCUUUUCCAUACAGCCAGGCAGCCUGGUGCUCUUUGUGCUGGCGCUUCUGACCUCGAGGCCAAUGCUCAAAGCGGAGGCAGAAGAAGCCGAGCAUGCACUGGAUCUCUGGGAUGAGGAGAUUAUCAAGCAACAGCACAGCAAGGAGAAAUCCUCCUGCGGAUACUACGGCUGUCAACAGUCCCGCGGCGUUUGUUCCUGCCACCAUGGUUGCAUCAUGGAGGGAACCUGCUGCGCCGACUACAGAGAGCUCUGCCAGGUCUCCGACCGAGCCCACGCGAAAAGCGGGCCUGGCGCGAGCCGAGGGCGAUGCGCCGAGCUCGGCUGCUCCAGGGCGUAUCGCUACGACCAACCGUGUCAGUGCGUUCCGAGCUGCUUGGAUUUCGACGACUGCUGCGAUGACUUUCGCUCACAUUGUGGAGCCAAUGUGUCAAUGUCCCUAGAGGUUGCACCAAGCAAAGAUGAGGAGCCGAAGAUCAAGGCCUCGUUCAUCCCCUCAGCAGCGGUCUCUGCCGACUCAAAGGAGAAGCACAAGGCUUUCCUGAAGAACCACGCAGCGCGCUUGGAACUCGUGAAGUGGCAGGCCGUGCGCAGCUGCCCUCCUCAGUUUAUGGAGAAGACGAUCCUUGGUGGGAAGCAGAUGCAGAAGUUGGCAAACAUCUCUACGGCUGCGGAGUGCCAGAAGGUUUGCACUUUGAACGUGCAAUGCGAUGGUUUUGUUUGGGCCAUGAAUGGUGCCUGUUCACUAGAGAGCUUGGAUGGCGCCGCUCCCAACAUGAUGGUGCAGGAGGGCCUCAUUUCGGGCUUGCCUUGCUGUCGCCCCAAGCCAGCGCACACGAAGGUCAUUCCUGACUGUCCUGAGCUGGUCCUGGACAUGGAGCUCUCCCGUGCACAAGGCCUGCGAGAGCAGGAGGCGAAGAGUGCUUACGCUUGCCAACAGGCAUGCUCCAAAGCUACUGAUUGCGGUGCAUUUUCGUGGACCGCCACGACCAAGAGGUGCAGCAUGAAGAAGCUGGCGUCUGACGAGUCUGCGAAGAUGGUUCCAAAGGCCGGGGUGAUCACCGGCUUGCCCUGCGGAUGUCGCGCCACGGUGGCCAAUGCCUUGUGGCCGGACAGUGACGAGGAGAAGUUCACCAUGCCUUUGCCCAGGGGGUCCCAACCCGUGGAGUUGGGCAGCCUCUUGUGCUUGGCGCUCAUGCUGCCUUACUCCUACGAAGCAGGCCUGCUCAUCAUGCAGUACAAAGAGCAUGCUGGAAUCUUUGACUGUGACGAGUAUACCGUCUAUAGUAGUGAGUCGAUGGUCCUCGCUCCUGGCCUCGAGACGAGAAAGGUUCUCACCAGCCAGCAAUGCGAAGUGGGAGGAGAGUUCAAGAGUGCGUUGAACUUGCGAAUCUUCGCCAGCUUCUGGAGGCAAGUGAUUGCUGAUGGCCAGUAUUUGCUCUACAACUGGAUUGUCAAGGUGGAUCCCGACUCCGUCUUCUUCCCCCAGCGGCUUCGCCCGAUCCUGCAGCGGCACGAAGGAGGUUCGAUGAGCACCGGCGGCCCAGGUGAACUAGGUUGUGCAACAUCCUUGGAUACAGACAAAAGGUACUUACUUCAACAACUGCAAGUUUGGCAUGCAUGGCCCGUUGGAAGUCUUCUCCUUGGCCACCAUCCGCGCACUGGGCACCAGCUUCCUAGGUUGCUUUAAGUUCUUCCAGAAGCUCUGCAAGGGUGACUGCCAGUGGGGCGAGGACAUGUGGGUGGACCAAUGUUUGAAGCGCUUUGUGAAGGCUCGCCGGCUCUUCGAGAAGAAUCUCCUCCUGGAAGAUCACUGCGAUCCACCCAAAGGCUGGAAGGAUUGCAGCGAUCCGCGCCGUGUGGCGUUUCAUCCCUUCAAAACGGAUGCUUGGCGGUGUUUGGCGAGACCCACCGGUGGUCGUUUGGGAAGUUUGGGACCCAUGCAGAUACUGCCAGAAGUUUCAGGUUUCAAGGCGAGCUGAAAAUCACUGUGUGUGCCUGGUGCCUCCUCAGGAGGGGUUGCCGUUGCUCAGCCACAGCCGCUGUUGUUCAGGGGCGCUGGGACGAAGGUGAGUCAUCCUUUCUGGAAUGAACCUGCCAUGUGGGAGAGACCAUCUGGAACGAACGGUGAAGCGGUGUACUGCAGAGCCUCCCCAAGCUCUAUACAAUAGAGGUAUUCUUGAAAUAGGGGACCCUAUUCAGAACCCUGGAAAGAGAAGAAAUCGACCCUAUUCAGAACCCUG